AUGGCCAGAGCCCUGUACGACAACGUCCCCGAGUGCGCGGAGGAGCUGGCCUUCCGCAAGGGGGACAUCCUCACCGUCAUCGAGCAGAACACGGAGGGGCUGGAGGGCUGGUGGCUCUGCUCCCUGCACGGCCGCCAGGGCAUCGUGCCGGGCAACCGGGUGAAGCUCCUCAUCGGCCCCGUGGGGCAGGAUGCUCCCUCUGGCCAGGAGGGGUGCAGCUCAGGGUUGAGGCAGCAGUCCUUCAAGCAGCAGAAGGUCCCCCCGGCGCCCAGCUCGCACGCCUCCGCACGGGACCCUGUCUACCAGGUGCCACCUUCCCAGGGGAUCUACCAAAUACCCACCGGGCACGGCCUGCUGGGACAGGACGUUUACCAGGUGCCACCUUCCAUGCAGAGAUGUUUUGAUGGCCCAGCUCUGACCAACAAGGUGAUAACUCCAGUCAGGUCAGGACAAGGUUAUGUGUAUGAAUUCCCUGCCAAAUUCCAGAAGGAUGCCUACGACAUCCCCCCUGCCCGCCCUCUCCAAGGGAUCUAUGACAUUCCCCCCACAUCAGUUAAGGGGCCUGCACUUCCAGUUCCUGUGGGAGAAGGAAAAGCUGUAGGGGUCUAUGACAUCCCACCUGCCAAAGGGGUCUAUGCUACACCUCCGACCGCGUGCCGGGAUGACACAGCCCUGAGGGAAAACCUGCAGGAGUUUCCAUCUCCUGUGGGCCACGGGGUAAGAGCAGAAGGAGUUUAUGAUAUUCCUCCCCCCAUCACCAAAGCCACUGGCAAAGAACUUCACAGAUUUUCUCCUGAGGGCCUUUUGAUGUCAGAUGGAGUGCCACAGAAGCAGAGCGUUUAUGACAUCCCCAUGAACCACCAAAACCAUUUCCUUGGGCAGCAGAUGGCACCUCAAAAAGAUGUUUAUGACACCCCGAGGGGAACUGCAUUCCUGGGACAACAGGCAGGACUGGGUGAAAGCCCAGAAGGAAGAGAAGGUGUCUACGAUGUGCCACCACCAGUCCUCCAAGACACUAAAGGCCUGCAGGAUGUCACGGAUGGCAUGAACAGGUUGUCCUUCUCCAGCACGGGAAGCACGAGGAGCAACAUGUCCACAUCUUCGACGACAUCAAAAGACUCUUCCCUCUCAGCACCAGCAGGCCAGGACAAAAGGCUCUUCCUCGACCCAGACACUGCCAUCGAGAGGCUGUAUGGCCUCCAGCAGCUGGUGGAGACAGCUGUCCAUCACCUCCUGGCCUUCGUGACGGCCGACUGGCGCUCCUACGGCUACAUGGAGAAGCACCUCAACGAAGUCCACUCGGCGGUGGACAAGGUGGAGCAGUCCCUGCUGGAGUACCUCCAGUUUGCCAAAGGCUCGGCCGCCAACGCCUCCUGCCUCUCCGAGUUCGGCCUCCUCAACAAAAUGAGGAGGGAGGUGCAGAGGUUGGAGGACUCUCACCAGAUCCUUACCCAAACCAGGCAGGACUUGAACAGCUACAGCUGGUCCUUGAACGUCCUGGCUGUCAACAGGCUGCAGAACAAGAGUGAUGACCUGGAUCGCUUCGUGAUGGUGGCGAGGACGGUCCCAGAUGAUGCCAAGCAACUGACCACGACCAUCAGCGUCAACGCAGAGCUGCUCUUCAGACAGGCCUUGGGCAGCUCACGUUCCAGGAGCCUCCCAGAGAACCUCAUCCACCCUCCUGACUACGUCUACGACAACGCCCACGUGCAACGGCACGGGGAGAAAGCCCAGAGCCACUGCAGCCCCCUGCCCCCACUCCUCAGCCAAGCUCAGCACCCUCACGACACCACCGGCCAGAGCUCGGAGAAGAGCUGGAUGGAUGACUAUGAUUAUGUCCACCUGCAGGGGAAAGAAGAGUUUGAAAGGCAACAGAAGGAGCUGCUGGAAAAAGAAAAUAUCAUGAAACAGAACAAAAUGGAGCUGGAGCACCAUCAGAUCCAUCAGUUCCAACGGCUGGAGCAAGAGAUCACCAAGCCCGUGGAGAACGACAUCUCCAAAUGGAAAACCCCUCGAGCUCUGCAGCCCUCCAACAGCACAACCCCUUCUCGGGACAGCCAGCUUCUCCUCUUUUACUCCGACCAGUGCCAGACCCACUUCAACUCCCUCCUCAACGCCAUCGACGCCUUCUUCGGCUGCGUGGACGCCGCCCAGCCCCCCAGGAUCUUCGUGGCCCACAGCAAGUUUGUCAUCCUGAGCGCCCACAAGCUCGUCUUCAUCGGGGACAUGCUCAGCAGGCAGGUGAGCAGCCAGGAGCUCCGUAACAAGGUGAGGAACUCCAGCAACCAGCUGUGUGAACUGCUGAAGAGCGUGGUGCUGGCCACCAAAGAGGCCGCCCUGCGCUACCCCAGCACCGUGGCCCUGCAGAAGAUGGUGGAUCGGGUCACCGAGCUGUCCCACCACGCCCAGUUCUUCAACCUCUCCUUGGUCCAGAUGGCUUCCUCCUGA